UAAAAGAACAGAAAAUUAAACGAGAGCAUUUUUUAGUUUUAGUUUGCAGAGAGAGAGAGAGAGAGAGAGAGAGAGGAGAAAAGCACAUGAUUUCAAUGGCACGGGAGAAAACGAGAGACGUUUAGGUUCAACCAGACAAACCUCACACAAACACACAAAACAAACCACAUGGCAGAAGAGUUUGCCCCCUCCGUUACGCUCUCCUCUUCACAUUCUAAUUCUAAUUAGGGUUUUCUAGUCUCUUUCUUUUUUUUUCUCUGUUGCUUAGCUGCUAAUUCAAUUGUCCUCUCUCCUAUUUCUCUCUCUUUCUCUCUCUCUAUCUCACUAUUUAGUCCUCGAGAACCCGUGAAGUUUGAGUUGGGUUUGUGUUUUUUUUUCCUUCUCCUUUCUUUUAGUUUGAUUUGUUACCUUUGGCGAUUUGGAGAGAGAGAAAGAUAGAGAAAUGGAGGAGGGUUGGUUGUGUCAAUGGAGUGUGUUCAGAUCUCUUCUGGCAAUUCUCCAGUGGUGGGGAUUUAACGUCACUGUGAUCAUCAUGAACAAAUGGAUCUUUCAGAAAUUGGAUUUCAAAUUUCCUCUGUCAGUAUCAUGCGUUCACUUCAUCUGCUCAUCCAUUGGAGCAUAUAUGGUAAUCAAGGUACUGAAGCUUAAACCACUGAUCGUGGUUGAUCCAGAAGAUCGUUGGAGGAGGAUAUUUCCCAUGUCUUUUGUAUUCUGUAUUAACAUAGUGUUGGGGAAUGUAAGCUUACGAUAUAUUCCAGUUUCUUUUAUGCAGACAAUAAAGUCAUUCACCCCUGCAACUACAGUUGUUUUGCAGUGGCUUGUUUGGAGAAAAUACUUUGACUGGCGCAUUUGGGCUUCUUUGGUGCCCAUUGUUGGAGGAAUACUCCUGACAUCUGUUACAGAGCUUAGUUUUAAUAUGUUCGGAUUCUGUGCUGCCUUGUUUGGAUGUUUGGCUACUUCUACAAAGACUAUCCUUGCUGAGUCUUUACUGCAUGGAUACAAGUUCGAUAGUAUAAACACUGUAUACUACAUGGCACCUUUUGCAACCCUAAUAUUGGGAGUGCCGGCUAUGCUACUCGAAGGCAAUGGAGUUCUGGAUUGGUUUCAUGCCCACCCGUUUCCUUGGUCAUCUCUUAUCAUUAUUUUCAGCUCUGGGGUGCUGGCUUUCUGUCUCAACUUCUCCAUCUUCUAUGUUAUUCAUUCCACAACUGCAGUUACCUUUAACGUUGCUGGAAACCUUAAGGUUGCAGUUGCUGUUUUGGUGUCCUGGUUGAUAUUCCGGAACCCGAUAUCAAGUUUAAAUGCUGUUGGAUGUGCUAUCACACUUUUAGGAUGUACAUUCUAUGGGUAUGUGAGACACAUGCUCUCCCAACAACCACCCGGCACUCCUCGAACACCAAGGACCCCAAAGAAUAGGAUCGAGCUACUUCCCCUUGUAAAUGAUAAAUUGGAUGAUAAAGUCUAACUAAGAGGUGCCUGAGGCUUGAGGUUCUUUGCUGUUGGAGGUCAUUGAUACAAUCUUAAACGGGGGGGGAGUCUUGUGAAGGAGGGAGCCACUUUACGUGUGAAUUUCCAUCAGAUUACUCAAAAAUUUUCUAAUAUAUGUCCUUUUUGUCUUACUCACGAUUGCCUUCUAACAAAUAUAUACUAGCAAAUGAUAAUUACAAACUGCUAGCAGGGGUGGAGUAUAGCUUUUAGCACAGCAGUGUGAUACACUUUGGAUUCAGUUCUAGGCGGUAUCUGAAUCCCUUGGCUUCUUAGCAUUCACUUGAUCGAGUAAUAUGAAACGCCCGUAUUUUCCAUAA